AUGGAACGACGAAAGAGUUGUCUCGUUAAGAGAAUAAAAGGAAACCUUCUCCCGACGAACAACGACGAUAAGAGCUACUGUCGCUUCCAUAGACGAUACGGUCAUGCUACGGACACCUGUAGGCAUGUCAUGAGCUUGAUACAAGAGUACAACAAUACUCCGCAAAGCCAAGACGAUGCUGAAUGCCGUGACCAGAAUCGACAAGCUGAAAACCAGCGCCGACGCCGAGAUGAGGAUGAUGACGCCGAGAAGAACGCGCCUCAGCCACUCCCUCACCCAGAUGACCUGCCUCCACCGCCGAAACGGCACGUCCGGUACGCGUCGACGUUUUGGCCAAACGUCUUGACGAAGCAAACAAGUGUUGCCGAAGCGCAACUCCAACCGGUUUCCUUGAUGCACGAUCCCGAGAAAAACAAGUAUUGCCAAAGCGCGACCCCAACCAGUUUCGUCGAAGCACGAUCCCGAGAAAAACAAGUGUUGCCGAAGCGCAACCCCAACUGGUUUUGUCGAAGCACAAUCCCGAGAAAAACAAGUGUCGCCGAAGCACGACCCCAAUCGGUGUCGUCGAAGCACGACUCUAACCAAUCUCGUCGAAGCUCGAAUCCGAGAAAAAUCAUCACAGCAAUCUAUUCUCCUUGA